AUGUUGUUUUUCCUAUUCUUAACAAUUACACUCCUGGCUCUCCUGAUUCCAUCCGGUCAAACUAAGGUGAUUGUAGCACGCAACUUCUCAAAUAAUUAAAGUUAAGGCGAUAGUGAAACGACAAUGGCCGGUGAAUCCAAUUCAAGCUCAAAGGAACCAGCGGCUCCGGAUGGAGGUCCGGCAGCACUGGUCAAACGCUCAACGUGUUCUUUACAGGUGGCGAACCUCAGAGGACAGCUUCAAGGAAGGAAUCAGGCAGAAGCUCAGUUCGGGCGUGGCGGCGGUGGAUGGAACCGAGGCGGUGGCUGGGGGAACCAAGGAGGAUUCGGAAGUCAGGGAGGAUGGAACGGUCAGCCCGGCGGAUGGGGAGGACAACCAGGUGGCUGGGGCGGUCAGCCUGGUUUUGGAGCUUCUCCGUUUUUUGGAUGA